UUUUGUGAGCCGCUUCCCCUUAAAUGUAUGUUCGCAAAUGAGCCACAGUCCUAUCAGCUGGGAUUGAGGGAAGACUGAUCUAGGUGCUGCUGCUGAACUUGGUCUUUAAGCCAUGGCUUCUCAUAGACACUCAGGUCCCUCCAGCUAUAGGGUGGGCACUAUGGCUGAGAAGUUCGACUGCCACUACUGCAGGGACCCCUUGCAGGGGAAGAAGUACGUGGAGAAGGAUGGCCACAACUGCUGCCUGAAGUGUUUUGACAAGUUCUGCGCCAAUACCUGUGUGGAAUGCCGCAAGCCCAUUGGUGCCGACUCCAAGGAGGUGCACUACAAGAACCGCUACUGGCACGACACCUGCUUCCGGUGUGCCAAGUGCCUUCACCCCUUGGCCAAUGAGACCUUCGUGUCCAAGGAGAGCAAGAUCUUUUGCAACAAGUGUGUCACUCGGGAGGACUCCCCCAAGUGCAAAGGGUGCCUCAAGGCCAUUGUGGCAGGAGACCAGAAUGUGGAGUACAAGGGAACCGUCUGGCACAAGGACUGCUUCACUUGCAGCAGCUGCAAGCAAGUCAUCGGGACUGGAAGCUUCUUCCCUAAAGGGGAAGACUUCUACUGUGUGACUUGCCAUGAGACCAAGUUUGCCAAGCACUGCGUCAAGUGCAAGAAGGCCAUCACAACUGGAGGAAUCACUUACCAGGAUCAGCCCUGGCAUGCCGAGUGCUUUGUGUGUGUUACCUGCUCUAAGAAGCUGGCUGGGCAGCGUUUCACCGCUGUGGAGGACCAGUAUUACUGCGUGGAUUGCUACAAGAACUUUGUGGCCAAGAAGUGUGCUGGAUGCAAGAACCCCAUCACUGGGAAAAGGACUGUGUCAAGAGUGAGCCACCCAGUCUCUAAAGCUAGGAAGCCCCCAGUGUGCCACGGGAAACGCUUGCCUCUCACCCUGUUUCCCAGCGCCAACCUCCGGGGCAGGCAUCCGGGUGGAGAGAGGACUUGUCCCUCGUGGGUGGUGGUUCUUUAUAGAAAAAAUCGAAGCUUAGCAGCUCCUCGAGGCCCGGGUUUGGUAAAGGCUCCAGUGUGGUGGCCUAUGAAGGACAAUCCUGGCACGACUACUGCUUCCACUGCAAAAAAUGCUCCGUGAAUCUUGCCAACAAGCGCUUUGUUUUUCAUGGGGAGCAAGUGUAUUGCCCUGACUGUGCCAAAAAGUUGUAAAUCGACAGGGGCCCCUGUCCUGUAAAAUGGAAUUUGCAUCAUGUUCUUUGUGUCCUUGCCCUCUCUGCCCAACACCAUCUAUAGGGGAAGAGUGUGGCCUUUCACCUCUUUAAAGUUGCUCCUUCUGUCUUUUCUCCCAUUUUACAGUAUUUGUCACAUAAGGGCACACAGUGAUCAUGUUAGGAUUUAGCAAAAAGCAACCUUUGCAGCAAAGCUCAUUACUCUAUGGCUGCAAUGAAAAAACAAAACAAAAAAACAAAAAACAAAAAAAAACCAAAAAAACAAAAACUUAGAUAGAUUGACUCUUCUGCAUGUUUAUCAUAGAGCAGAAAAGUGCUAACCAUUUAGCUCCUUCGUGAUGUAAGCAAGAAGCAUAUGUGAUAAAGCCCCCACUGAGAUAUCUUUUGUGGCUCAGCUGGGACCCACCAUGUAGUGACAUGACAUGCAAGAGUUGCAGCGGCUGCUCCAACUCACUGCUCACUCUAUUCUGUGAGCAGAAACAGAACUUGCUGGAAUGCAUGGUGUAACUUUUUCAUGAGAAUUCUGACUUCUGUUCUUUUGUGCUUUCACUUGACUAACAAGAAUUUCCAGAAAAUUAACAUUUGAACUUAAUGGUAAUUCUCACCUGACCUUUCCCCUAUACUAACAUUGGAUUUCCUGGUGUGGCAUGUUUUCUGAGUGUUCCUACUUUAAAACAUGGAACAUACGGGUGAUUUGGGAAGUGUAAACAGACCUGAGAAAACGAGCCUGUUUCAGAGCAACAGUGUCACAGCGAGUACUUAUGGAAGCUUAUCAAAACUAACCCUGCUGUCCUUUUUAUAUUUUUUAAUUAAUGAUAUUUUUGUUUUAAUUAAUAGUAAAAUAGUUUAUGGGUUUGGAAACUUGCAUGACAAUAUUUGAGCCCCCUCAGACAUACUUGCAGUUUUGAGAGUCAUCCUACAAAAGUGACUAUAAAACUCUAGAGGGGUAGCUGAGCAGGCGCCAGGGCUGUCAUCAGUGUGGUUGUGACAUUUCAAAACCGUGACAAGUUGAAUUCCUUGUAACAUAGUAGUUGUCUGCUCUUUGUCCAUGUGUUCAAGAGGACUGCAAAGUCCCUUCUCUUGUGAUUACUAAGACUUUUCCUUAAGAGUUUAGCUGGAUCUCUGGGGGAGUGGGGAGGCCACCGUCCUUACCAGCAGAACCAGAUUUCCACCUCCUGCUUCCCUGAAAUGCAGGAUCACCUACUUACUGUAUUCUUCAUUAUUAUAUUACAUAGUAUAAUGAGACAAUAUCAAAAGUAAAAUGUAAUGACAAUACAUAUUAACAUUCUUGUAGAAGUGGUUAUAGAAGCCAAUGCCUCAUUUCUACAUUUUGUCAUUAGAUAUUAUCAUCUAACGUUUCAGUGUAUCCUUACAGAAAUAAAGCAGCAUAGAAAGAA